AAGAUGAUGGAGAUGUUGCUUUCCAAGUGUUGUAGUAGCCCUUGAUUGCAUGGAUUCAGUUUUGUGUUAUUAUCUUAACUUGGUACAGAGGUGAGAGAGCCACCAGGUUAGAUCAGAAGUAAAUGAGCUCCCUUGAAAAGCACCAUCCUCCUCUCUUUAAAGAGACUGCAGGAAUUCAUGUUGCAGAUCUGAAACUGCACAUAUCAUGGAGUUGCAGGCAGCAGCACCCACUUCUCCUGCUGCCUCCCUGUAGCUAACUCUCUAAUCUUAGACUCAGAACCUGGUCAGAAGGAUCUUCUAAGAAGAAAUAUUGGAUAACCCCCCCAAGGAAAAAAUAAUAAAAUAUGCAUCAGGACAGUUUCAGAUCAGUUGUUCACAGAUCCUUAUCAAAGAGUCUUCCCUCCAAAUCCAAAGAUAAGAAUGAAACAACCCAAUUUGCUGCUGCUGCUGCUGCUGCUGACAGAAUCCAGAAAUCCUCCCCUUCUUUUGCAUCAAAGCCUAAUUUUGGCAGCAAAGAGAGAGGAGAGCAGAAGAGCAGCAUGGCCUGCAGAGAGAGCAGUGAAGCUCAGCUCUUGAAGGUCUCUAGAGGGGCUCAAAGUCUGACCCAAGUGAUCAAUUCGUGGUCGAGGGAGCCGAAUUUCUCGAAGCAUUUCGCCGAAGAUCUACUUAGAGGUGCUUUGGAUCUCCAAGAAUCAUUGGUCAUGCUCGAAAACUUCCAAGCUGCGUCGAAAAGCUUCUCCCGAAUGAAUGACAUAAAGCGGAAACAAGAAAUGGCGGAAGAGGGAAUAGAGGGAGAGAUCGAGGAGGAGGUAUUUGUUGAAGCAACAGCCUCUAAAAGAUUUUCGUCUUGUGGGUCUUCGAGAUACCGCGUCGAAGAGCUGAAAAAGGUGAUAAAGGACAGCUUUCAUAGGCAGAAUCUCUUGUCGGCGUCUUCUUCAAGCCGAUCGUUGCGGUAUUCUACGAGCAGUUCUUCGAAGGUAAUUGAGCCUCAUGAGGAGGAUACAGGGACUAAGAAGCCCAAAUCUUCGAACUUGAUUGCGAAGCUUAUGGGUCUCGAAGAAGCGCCUUUAGAGGAACAAGCUCAUCCUAUCAAGAAAGAAGGUAAAAUGAGGAGCAUAAGUUCGCCGAGGGCGUUCUUCGAUAUCGAGAUGCCCAAGGCAAGAAGGAUUCAACCAGUAAAGGAGAAUCCAGAUGCGAAUAGGAAGGCGUUGCAAGAAAUCGUUGAAACGAUGCAUUUCAAAGGGCUCUUGAAGAACAACCAAGCAGAAGAACAUAGAAAGGAUGACGACGCGCCGCCAAUUGUUAUUAUGAAGCCGAUCUCGUCGUCUUCUUCUUCUUAUUCGUCAGAGAGAGAAGGGGCCUGGAAGGAAAAGGAGGCCCAACCUAUGAAAUCGGUACGGGAAGAGAAGGCGGCCGAUGACGAGCAAGUUGUAAGGAGAACAAUAGAAAGAAAAGAAUCGAAUCACGUUGAAAAGUGUAAAGGAGAACCAUCACAAGAGGUGAAGGCUUCGAACUCUGCGAACGGUAAGCAGUGGAAGAAAGAGUCAAUCAAGGUGAAGAGAAGCCUUCCUCAAGAAGAGAAACCAAUUUCAGUACAGAAGAAAGCUGAAGAGAAGAAAGAAGCGACAAGGUUGUCGAGAUCGAACACUAAUAAUAACAAAGUGUUAAAGCCCGAUAAAAAGCCUCUUGUGACGAGUAAUGUAUCUUCUUCUAUCAAGGGCAAGAAGACGGAGGUGGCUAAGCAAGUCAGGAGCUCCCCUAUCAUCAAAACAGUUAGUAACAAUAUAAAGCACAAGAGAGAUCAAAAAGCGAUCAAUCCUCAGAAUCAAAAAGAUGGUGUUUCAGCAACAAAUGGCACUUGUGACGAUAACUGUAUACAGACAGCUCAGGUUGCUGAACCUUGUAUGGAAGAUGAUGUAAGAGAAGACCAAAGAGUGUCGUGUGAAAUUACGCCGAAUACCAGCCAAGUCGAGAGAAGCUAUUCACCGGCAGAAGAAGCGAUUCAGUGUCGUACGAACAAAUCAUCCGCUAAAGAAGCAUCUGGAAUAGAAGAUGAGAUUAGAUUGCUGCUUUUGACCAGCCCAUCAUUCCUUAGCCUUGCGCAGGAACUUGUGGGGUUCGAAACUUACCAACCUGUAUGUAAUCGAGUCAAAAAUGCAGGGGAGGUCGGAAUAAGAUACGCGAAGCUCUACUUGGACACUGCUGAGGAGCAAAUGGUCCGAAAACACGAGCAGAACCACUUAUUCUGCCCCUUAUUCCAAACCAAGAUAAGGCGAAGAAGAGCAAACUACUUCUCUCUCGAAGAUUUGGCGGAGGAUAUCAGUAAUGGAAUAGGAAAACUGAACAGCUAUAGUAAGUUCGACGACGACGGUGCUUCAAAAGACGAUCUUUACGUGAAAUUAGAAAGGGAUCUCACAUGUGCAAAUAUGGCAAUCAAUUCCAUGUGGGAUGUUGGCUGGGUGGAUUUGAUUUCCGGGGAAGAUGUGAACAGAGUUGCAAGUGAAGUGAGUGAGCAUAUCUUAUCAUUGCUUGUUCAAGAAAUUUGCGCGGAUUAGUCCAUUAGAAACUGUUGUAUCUUCUUUCUUUUUUUUUCUGUUCUCAAACAGUGUAUAGUAGCUCCUAUUAAGGAAUAUCAGGUGAUCAUUUUGUGGCAGAGCCAAAAUGUGAUGCCUUGUAUUAAAAUCAUUGAGCAAAGAAUCAAAGAGUUUUAGUGAAUUGAUUGUGGUGA